CUCUGUGUUUUUAGGUGAACAUAUUUUUUACUAUGUGUUUGCUUUUUUUAAGUUGAAAGUGAAACCGUCUUUAUCACCACGAAGUCAGUCCAUUGAAGAAACACACCCAAAAACAAAAAAAACAAAAAAAUAAGUCAAUCCAGUGCCGCGGUAAUAAAAUGAAAAAAAAACAAAAUAAUAUUUGGUCAAUGAACUCAGAACGCUGAAUAGAGACGUUUAUUGAAUGUGGUGGUGACUCUGAUACUGAUGGCACGAAAGACGCCCCAGCUGACAUUAUCUUGAAUCUUCCCAAACCUAUCCUUCAUCUUACAUUACACCCAAAAUUUGCAAACAGAUAUAGAGUGUCGAGAUGUCGUCGGAUGCGUCGGAGUUCGAUCCUAAUCGUAUCGAGUCUUACAAAUUCCCUGAGACGACAUACACCUAUUCGGAGAGAGAUGUAGCGCUCUAUGCUUUGGGUAUUGGAGCUUGCGCCCGGGAUGCUGUGGACGUCGACCAACUUAAAUUUGUUUACCAUGACAAGGGCCAGAAGUUUAUCCAGGUCUUGCCAACAUUUGCUGCUCUGUUCUCGCUUGGAUCUCUGCCAGGUGGUUUAGGUCUGCCGGGGUUGAAAUAUGAUCCUCGUCUUUUGCUGCAUGGACAACAGUACAUAGAAUUAUACAAGCCACUUCCUUCAAAUGCUUGUUUAAAAAAUACUGUGAGUCUUGCUGGACUCCAUGAUAAAGGUAAAGCUGCUAUUCUUGAGAUUGAAACAAAAAGUUAUGACAAAGAUUCUGGUGCAUUGUUAUGCAUGAAUCGGACAACUGCCUUUCUGAGAGGUGCUGGUGGCUUCUCAAAAUCAUCUCAUCCAUAUUCAUAUUCAAACUAUCCAAAGGACAAGGUUCCAUCUGUGAAAAUCCCAAAAGGUCAACCUUUUGUAGUGUUUGAAGAUUGUACACAACCAUCUCAGGCAUGUAGCAUUUAUUUCACUAUUGCAAGAAUGAAAGUCAUCGUCUCAUACCUCCUAGUUUUAGCAUUGCUGUAUAGGCUAUCUGGAGAUUAUAAUCCUCUGCAUUCAGAUCCUACGUUCGCAAAAGUUGCAGGAUUCACACGGCCGAUACUGCAUGGCUUGUGCACACUUGGAUUUUCAGUUAGGGCGAUUGUGAAAUGCAUUUGCAGAGGAGAUCCAAACCUGGUCAAAUGCAUAUCAGGCCGAUUCCUUUUACAUGUCUACCCUGGUGAAACUUUGCUCACUGAAAUGUGGCUUGAAGGCUUAAGGGUCAUAUAUCAAACAAAGGUGAAAGAACGAAGCCGGACAGUGCUUUCUGGAUAUGUGGAUCUCCAUGGUUUAUCUUCGUCGCUGUAAAACACUUGUUUAUUUACAUAUGUAUUUUGUACUAAAUAAGCAUAUGAAGCGUGUCUCUGUCGUGUAUUGAUGCUGUAAACAAUAAGGGAAAUAUUACAGGGUUAUGAACCUUUUACUAUCAAUUGACACUUAUCA